AUGCUGAUGCAACAGGCGCGCGCGCUCGUACCCGCUUCCGGGUUCUCCGAGGUCAAGGACGAAGUGCACGAGGCCGACGACAGGGUCGAUGAAGCGAACCCGCUGCGCGUCGAUGAGCAGCGAUUCUGGGAUUAUUGCAAGAGGCGUUCCGCUCAGCGCGCAUCAAUCGACCUGAAGCGCCAAGUGUUCAUGGAGAAGAUCGACAAGAUAACGUCCACUGGUUCAACAACUAUGACACGACCGGCACCUGUACCUUAUCACGCGCCGGACCAAUGCCAAGUCGUCCCCUGGGCAUGGAACUUGGCCAAGGGCGGAGGGUCCGAAGCAACCCUCGCUGUCUUGGUGAGCGCCGUGCACCUGCGCCAGGGCGGGGCGGACACCAGCAGUUUGGAUCCGGUGUAUGAGCUCACAACCGAGGUCCGCUCCGCGUUCGAAGUACGCGAGAGCUUGACCGACAAGGGGAAGGAGAGUGUCAUGAAAGCUGAUACCGAUCUUGAAGACGCGCUUGCGGGCCAACCCGCUGAACACAAAUCCCUGACCACCAUGCUCCGCAACCUUCCACCCUCCGCCGCACCUUCGAUCGCCAAGGCGAUCGCGUCCUACAACCCAGCCCCAGAUGAGAUUGAAAAGGUGCGCAACCUCGUCGAGACUGCUUCGCCAAAAUUUCUGCACUUUGUGAAACUGUACGAGCACAAGCACCGCAUCACAUUUGUCCGCAAUCAUGAAGGCUUCCCCACUGCGUUCUAG